CGAUAACUACUUCUACUACUGCUACUGCUGCUGCUUCUUCGUGUUCUCAAAUUUCAAAUUCGCGGUCUGGGGUUAGGGCAAGAGCAACAGCACAAGAGACGCGUCAUGUCCACUCGACCCUCUACCCUUCACUCUCGGUACCAGUCAGCUGCCAGGUCUAGCAUAUAGCGCCUACAGCUCACUUGAACGAUGCCGCCUAAGGCAGACUGGGAAGCGCAUAGCAACUACAGGCAUGUAGAGGAUGAAGAGAAGGAAGAAAAGGAGAUUGUCCCUCUCGACUCCGAGGAUAUUGCUCUUCUCCAGACAUACGGCGCAGGUCCUUACCAGCAAGGCAUCAAGUCCACAGAAGACCAAAUCAAGCAAGUUCAAAAACGCAUCACUGAUAAAAUUGGUGUCAAGGAGUCAGAUACGGGACUGGCGCCGCCUUCCUUAUGGGAUCUGCCAUCAGACAAGCAGCGGCUGAGUGAACAGCAUCCAUUGCAGGUCGCGCGGUGUACCAAGAUUAUGCAGGAUGAGCAAGACCCAGACAAGAACAAGUAUGUCAUUAAUGUCAAGCAAAUUGCAAAGUUUGUCGUGGCACUGGGUGAAGAAGUCUCACCCACCGAUAUCGAGGAAGGCAUGCGUGUGGGUGUGGAUCGCCAAAAAUACAGCAUCAUGCUGCCUCUACCGCCAAAGAUUGAUCCGUCCGUGACGAUGAUGACAGUCGAAGAGAAGCCAGACGUUACUUAUGCGGAUGUCGGUGGAUGCAAGGAGCAAAUUGAGAAAUUGCGCGAGGUGGUGGAGUUACCAUUGCUCUCUCCCGAGCGAUUCGUUAACCUCGGUAUCGAUCCGCCAAAAGGUAUCUUGCUCUAUGGACCGCCUGGUACAGGAAAAACACUUUGUGCGCGUGCAGUGGCGAACCGGACAGAUGCGACGUUUAUUCGUGUGAUUGGAUCAGAGCUGGUUCAAAAGUACGUCGGUGAAGGUGCGAGGAUGGUGCGCGAGCUGUUCGAAAUGGCUCGGACUAAGAAGGCAUGCAUUAUCUUCUUUGAUGAAGUGGAUGCUAUUGGAGGAGCACGAUUUGAUGAUGGUGCUGGAGGCGAUAAUGAAGUCCAGCGAACCAUGUUGGAGCUCAUCACACAACUCGAUGGCUUCGAUGCACGCGGUAACAUCAAAGUCAUCUUUGCCACCAAUCGACCCAAUACCCUCGAUCCUGCUCUGCUACGACCCGGUCGAAUUGACCGCAAGGUGGAGUUUUCCCUGCCUGAAAAUGACGGUCGAGCCAAUAUUCUCAGGAUUCACGCAAAGAGCAUGAGCGUUGAGCGCGAUAUCCGAUGGGAGCUGAUUGCGCGGCUUUGUCCCAACUCGACCGGUGCAGAGCUACGGAGUGUGUGUACGGAAGCUGGUAUGUUUGCCAUUCGAGCACGGCGCAAGAUGGCGAGUGAGAAGGACUUUUUGGAUUCCGUGACCAAGGUUAUCCGCGGCAACAAGCAAUUCAGCAGUACGGGUGAGUACAUGCUCUUCAAUUAGCCUCUCUUAGCUCAUGUCUACAUGAAACGGCCUCUCUCCUGUGCUCUGUCCUCGUUUCACCAUAAAUUGAGCCUGAUGAUACCUUGUAGCUAGUAGUAACCUCUACGAAUUUG